UCGAAGAGAAGUGACUUAAUACGGAAAUCGAAAACGGAAGAAAGCAUUACGAGAAAAAUGAGACAAAUUUCAAAAAGUGCUUUACUAUGUGUUCUGAUGUGUCUUGGCUCACCCGCCUUGGGUAGCUUCUUCCAUGGUCCAUCGACGGUGGGCGUGCCCGUGGGAGUUCCAGUGCCAGUGCCAGUUCCGGUUCCAUCUCCAGUGGCUGUUCCUACUCCAGUAGCCGUUCCUACUCCAGUAGCUGUUCCUGCUCCUGUAGCUGUUCCCGUUUCGGAUACAGUGACUGUGCCGGCGGUUUAUAAUGUUCAUCAACCAUUUAAUACCUAUGAAACUCCACAUCAUUAUGCUUCUGCUCCCCCUCCUGCGAUCUAUAAAUAUGCUGCAACUUAUGCUGAACAUCAACCUGUCAUUAAAUAUUCCCUGGGAGCUCCAGUGACCACCACUACUACUACAUAUACAGGAUUUGCUGCACCACCGACGGCACAAUUUGCUGCACCACCGUCAGUUCAAUACGCACCAUCAGCUCACUUUGCAGCACCACCAUCAGUUCACUUUGCAGCACCACCACCAGUUCAUUUUGCACCACCACCACCUCAGUUCAUAGCCAGAUAUGCUGCCCCGCCCACCGGUUACCAGUUUGCCGCUGCUGCCCCCUCCUACGGAAGAUACAAACUCCACUUUGGGGCACCACCUCAUCAUUCUCCGGCCGCCGUGUAUGGAGCUCCCCCCUCCACAUUCAACACUCAGGGCUGGUAACUCGGGUAACAGAAACCCCAGAUGGGACCCGGCUCAUUAUGCAUAACUAUGAAUGAUAAUUUCCUCAAAUUAGCAAUUAAUUAAAUCUAAAUAAUGUUGUUAUGUUUCGUAUUAUCCGCGACUCGUAAAUUUAUGCGCAGAACGCGCAGCGUAGCGAUUAAAUUAUGCUUAUAUUAAAACAUUGGACUCCGCCAAUUUUUGUCCAAGGCGAGGCAUGACUUUGAGAGGGCCUGAACAAAGUACUACCAGAUUUGCCGCUAUUAACUACAACUUUUGACCAACUGACCUAACUCAAUGAAUAAAAGAGAGAAGGAGCAGAGCUCUCUGAUAAUUGGGUCAACAGCUUGAACUUUAAAGAGCCAUUCAGUAAAAGAUAGACAACUUAAUUACUCUACAAACAUGGGUUUUGAAUAAAUAAAUCAAGCAAGCUGAUGAUUUCCGCAUUAAACGAUUGACUAUUAUUUUAAUAGGUGUCAUAUUUUACAGUUUUCGAAAAAAUGUUUAACUAAAAAAAGUUGUGUGAUUUGAAAAAUGUGUAAUAACUUUAAGAAUUCACAGCGAUUGAAACUCGGCUUUAAAUAAC